UCCGUAGAAUUACUUUCAAGGAUUAAGAAGACCUCUACGGACUGUCGUGUCCUGCUCAUUAGAAAGAGGGAAAGUGCCUGCCAGACGGAAACAAAUGGAUGCAAUUUUGAACUUCAGACCUGAAGACAUGGAAGAUUAUUACAGUUUGCUAGGAUGUGAUGAAUUGUCCACAGUUGAACAAAUCAUUUCUGAGUUCAAAGUCCGAGCCCUUGAAUGUCAUCCUGACAAGCAUCCUGAAAACCCUGAAGCUGAGACUCCUUUAGGCUAUUCUGUACCAUGGCCUGAUCCUCUUGUUAAGGUUGGGGACUCCAUCAAAACGUCCAUGCACUGGGCUGUCAGAGGUAAAAAAGAGCCAAUGCUAGAAGCUCCAGAUUUAAAUCUCAAUCACAAGAAGACAAAUGAGUGCCUCCAGGAGGUGGGAGAUAACAAUGGCAGACUAUUGGAAGACCAAAGUGGGCCAAGAGAUUUUGAUCCCUCUGAUGGAAAGCUGCUGUUGCCAAAAAGCCCUGAUUUCCCGGGAUUCUCGGAUCCCAAUGGCUGGCACUUGCGUUUCCGUUGGUCUGGUGACACCCCAUCCGAACUUUUGCGGAAGUUCAGGAACUAUGAAAUAUGAAGCAGAAGACCAAAUAUGUGUGGAAGAAUCUUGUAUUCCUGAGAUCAGUAUUUGUGCACACACAUUUGAUUCAUAAAGGAUUGCCCGUCGUGUCCGUGUACCUAUGGACUUUGUUUUAAUGAUGUGGCUCUGUAACAUUGCUGUUGCCAUUUCCCAUACAAAAAUCCUGAGUUUUUGAAUGGCGGGCAGGCUCUUUAGCUUUAUUAACUGUUAUUGUAAGUAAUAUAUCAAUUGCAGCUCGUCACUUUCCCCAGAGUUCUUUCUUAUAAUGUAUAUGUGACAGUUUCCUAUGACUGUUGAACAGUUGGGGGAAAGCGCCUGUGGCCUUUAUUUCCUGUGAUAUGUCUGUCUGUGACCUUCAGUCCUCCAUCUCAAAAACUCUACCGCAUACACAGUGCAAUCCUAGGCAGAGUUGCUCCAGCCCAUAGAAAUCAGCGGUCUUAGCUUGGAGAAACUCUGCAUCAGGCUGCACUGACCAGCUGCACAGCAGUCUUCAGUUCUCUGAAAUGACUCCUCAUGUAGUUGCUAGCUGUCUGUGAACCCUGCUACCUCUUUCCUUCAACUCCUCUUCAAAAGCGACCUUUUCUGGCAAGCCUUGGGCCUAGCCUCUCACUCGUAUGGCCGACUAAAAUUAAGUCUAAAUGGAUUGGCUCCUCCAACCAGCUUUUGGGGAAGGAGGCGUUCCCUUCUGUGUCAAAAAAGGCUGUGCUUGGGUUUAAGGGGCCUACGUGGACAAAUGCCAUUGGGGAUGGAGGCUGUAGUCCUUUGGAAUGGAUUGGGUGGGACUGAAUGAAGAAACUGGCUGGAUUCAACCAUGUGUGUGUAACCAUUAUA